CGUCAGCCAUGCAGCGAUCGGCCGCUAGAGACGCUCGGCGGUUGAUCUGCCGCGAUGCCGACGCCGCCUCUGGCCCAACCGGCAUCCCGGCAUGCAAGCCACCAAAAUGCGGGGUUGCUCCGUCGCCUCACCUCGACCAACUUCGUACUCCAGACAUGCUCAGAGCAGUGACACACCGAGCUCGCUCAACCUCCGCCUCCACGGCCCAUCGAGUCUCGGCACAGCUCGCAACCAUGGUCGGCCCGCCUGCCUCCUUUUAAUGCCGUCUCAUCGCAGCGACGCCAGCCAAGGCCAGCAGCCGCGCAAGGCGAGGCGGACUGCCAAUGCAUGCAUCGCCUGCCGCCAGAGCAAAAUCAAGUGCUCCGGCGCGGAGCCGUGCGGCAACUGCCAGCGCCGUCUCGUGAGGUGCCGCUUCGAGGAGGGCUGCAACCGCGUCACCGUGUCCGAGAGAUACCUGCUUGAGCUGCGCAAGCAGGCCGGGCAUCAGCAGCCCAAGCGUCCGUACGAUGUCGCGUUCGGCUACCCCAGUGAGGCUGAAGCCGGGUCGGCGAGUCCGCAGUCAGAAGAGCUGCCGCCGCUGCGCACGGUAGACGACGGCCGCAGCAUCUGGACAAGUCCGUUUUCAAGGCCCUCGACGACAAUCAAGAGCACGUACAAGAACAAGGCCAACUGGGUCUGGCUGGCUCCGUCGUCGCCGUGGUCCUUCACCGCGCGGCUGACGCUCCUCAUGACGGAGAAGCUCAACCUGGCGUACAGCGCGCCGGACUUCUUUGGCGAGGACGUCUACCCGCUGCAAUGGAGCCCGGCCACGGCCUCGGCCACGCCCGACAUUGGCGGGCUGCCGUCCAUCGACCACGCCCUCUACCUCUUCGAGACGGUCAAGUUCCACCUCGGCCAAAACUAUCGCUUCUUUGACCAGGACGCCUUCGUCAAGCACAUGCGCGAGUUUUACUCUGGCAGCCCCGUCAGAAAGGCGGCCGAGUCGCGCCUGUGGUUUGUGCAGUUUCUGCUGGUGCUGGCCUUUGGCAAGGCCUUCCUGUCGCGGUCCAACGCGAGGGACCCGCCGGGGUCCAAGUAUUUCGUCCGCGCCAUGUCGCUGAUGCCCGAGAUCACGUCCCUGUGGAAGGACAGCAUCAUGGCGAUUGAGGUGCUGGCCCUGGCCGGCUUGUACCUGUACUCGAUCGACCAGAGGGAGUCGGCGCACGUCUACGUCGGUCAGGCGAUACGCAUCGCGCAGCUGGAGGGGCUGCACACGCAGCUGCCCGAGGACGAGCUCGGCGUCGACAUUGUCAUGCGGUGCCGCAAUCUGUGGUGGACGCUGUACGUCAUGGACAGGCACUUUUCGUCGUCGCUGGGCCUGCCCAUGUCGACGCAGGACAGCGACAUUACGGCGCUGGUCAACACGCCCGGGACCUCGUCGCAGCAGGGCUCGCUCCUCGGGCUCCAGGUGAGGCUGUCGCGGCUGCUCUCUUUCAUCAUCAGGACCAUCUACAAGACGGAGCAGACGCAGCUGGGGGAGUUUCUCGAGGCGACCCGGUCCAUCCUGCACAGCAUGGUGGCGCAUGCCCGAGAGAUGGAACGGACGACGUAUAUCAAUUUCCAGAGCUCGGUGGACGCCAUCUCCAAAGAGGCACGCCACAUCACGCUGCUGUACCACCAGUGCGUGAUUGUCGCCACGAGGCCGCUGCUCUUGUCGGUGCUCAAGGAGCGCCUGGAAAAGAUUGACCGUGGCGAAGAGGACUGGCGGAGCUUCAUCGAGACUACGCAGCCGCUGAUAUCCACGGGCAUCAAGUCGGCCGUGAUGACGCUCCAGAUACUGUCCACGGACGACGGUCUUUUGGAGCUCUUCCUGCCGUUUGACCUAGAGUUUGCCUACGCGGCAGCGGUGCAUCUGGCCAUGGCCAACGCGCUGUUCCCGAACCUCGACGACGGGCCGACGUCGAGCCAGGAGGCGCACGCGAUCCUCGACGAGAUGGUCUUCAAGGGCAACCGGGUGGCGGCGAUGCGCAAGUCGGAGCUCGCGCACCUCGAGACGCUCUUUGGCGAGCUGGCCAAGCGGGCCGAGCGGCGCGGCCUGCAGACGCUGACGCUUUCCUCGCUGCAGGCGGGCUCAGACGCGGGGCCCGACGUGGACGGCAGCACGAGCCACGACAACGACGUCGCCGCCGCCGCCGCCGAGGACGACUCGCGAGACGGAUACCACGCUCACUCGGACCGCACGGCGGUCUCGACGGCGGGCGCAGAAGGGCAGUCGCUGGCGCCGCAGCUGGCGCCCGAGGCCGUGAGCAACGAGUACCUGGGCAACAUUGGCAUCUCGUCGUACGAGUUUCUGUCGAUUGUGGACCAGAUGGGCGACCCGGAGGGCUGCUACGACGCGUUGGACCUCGCGCAGUAGAUGCGGUAAUUCAUUCACACGACGGUAUGAUGUCCGAUGGGCUGCAGUCCGUGGCGUGCAAACGUGGGACACGGGCAUGGUGAGGCUUCGGCAGGAGGUUGAGGGCAUGUUUGACACGGGCCACGGGGGUUGACUCUUCCAGUCUUGGCCACAGGGCAGCGGUGGUUCCAUAUAUGGGCGCACUUGAUAUGGAUCAUGCAGUACUAUACAAUACCGUGCUGUGUCAGCACAUCGAGGCGCUAUUUCCGUGCCUUGUAACAUUUCAAGUUGAGGC